AUGUACAUGUCUCGUGUAUUAUCUAACUUGAAACCAUACUACAUCUAUGAAAGAGCAAGAAUUGUCGGUUAUCUUCUAUUAUUUUUGCUUGCAUUUCCAGUGACACUUGUUAUUACAUUGAUUACAUUAGUUAUUCAUUGUGUUACCCGAAAACCAUCGAUUGUUAAUCCAAAUGCCAAACGAAUUUUGAUUUCAGGUGGAGGCAUGACCAAAGCAUUACAAUUAGUACGUUCACUAUAUAUGGCCGGUCAUUAUAUUGUUCUAACUGAAGAAUAUCCAUUUACAACUCAUCGUUUUUCACGAUGUAUAUCACGUUUCUAUGUUUGUGCUUUUACAAAAACAAAUCAUUCAGAUUAUAUUCAAUCAAUCGUUGAUAUUGUUCAACGAGAACGAAUCGAUAUAUUUAUUCCUGCUUCACAUUCGUGGUGUGAAUGUGCUGAUUCUCUCGUCAAAGAAGCUUUAUUACCACUUAAUUGUGUAACUGUUCAAGGAGAUUUGAAAGAUUUGGAAAUGUUAAGCAAUAAAUAUGAAUUCUGUACUCGAGCACGUUCACUCGGUUUAUCCGUACCGAAAACCUACAAGAUUACUGAUCCAAAACAAGUUCUUGAAUUUGAUUUUUCCAAAGAAAAAUGUCAAUUCAUUUUAAAAUGUAUUGCAGAUGAUAUUGUUACACGAUGGAGUUUAACUAAACUUCCUUGUCAAACUAAACAACAAACAAUUGAUUAUCUCAAUACUUUAACAAUUAGUAAGACAAAUCCGUGGAUUAUGCAAGAAUUUAUUCCGGGAAAAGAAUAUUGUACACAUGGUACAGUUCAUAAUGGAGAAUUAAGAUUAUAUGCAUGCUGUGAAUCAUCACCAUGGCUUCUUCAUUAUAAACAUGUCGAUAACAAACCUCUGAUUCUCCAAUGGGUGCAAGACUUUUGUUUACGAACAAAUAUUUCUGGUCAAGCGUCUUUUGAUUUUAUCGAAAGUUAUGAAGAUGGUCGACCUUAUGCCAUAGAAUGUAAUCCUCGAACACAUACUGCAAUUGUUGCAUUUUACAAUCAUUCAGGUGUGGCUGAAACCUAUGUAGACACGAAACAUCUAUUACAUGGUCCCAUUCAACCGUAUUCGAAUACUCGUGAAUGUUAUUGGCUUCAUCAUGAAUUAUGGGAUUUACUCAACGUAAGACAUAUGGAGGAUUUUCUUCGUAUACUACGACGAUUGUUCAACGGAAAAGAAGCAAUUUAUUCUGUCGAAGAUCCAUUACCAUUUUUUCUUCAUUAUACACUUCAUAUGCCUUAUGUACUCAUUUGCCAUCUACUUAAUCCAACACCUUUUACAAAAGUUGAUUGCAAUCUAUCACUUAUUCUCUAA